UCUUAGCUUCUUAGCUCUUCCCUCCCUUUCUGUAGGCCCAAUAAGGAAUAAUAAAAUGGAAUCUGUCUCUGCGUGGAGACAUGCUACUGUCCGACUAAGAGUUAAUCCAGGCGGGCAGGUCAAUUCAUAGCCAAAGAACCACUCUCAGAAAGAGUGAUCCACCUUAAGCAGGAGGAAUAAUUAUCCCUUUAAUAAGGUGAUGUACUUUUCCUUCCCGGAAUCCCCACGGCCGGCACAGCCUCCUUCAGAGUGCAGCCACGCAGCUGGGUGGCUGCUCUUGCAAAUGGUUCUUGCAGUAUGGAUCUCAUUAUAUCAUUAUCACCCUCUACAUAUCCAGUUACAAGCAGGGUCUGACACAUCAGUAUGUUUGAAACAGAAGAAUUAAUGAGUUGGAAUGAGUCAUCAGCAGCUCUGCCACUUAUAUGAUAAGGCAUAGUGGUUACCAUAGAAGCCAGGUGCUGAUGAUGCCUCCAGGGGCAGGAAGGUAAAAUUGAACCAGCACUCAAAUCAUCAGUUCUCCAAGCUCUUGCAGGCCAAGAUGAUAAGGUCUGAAGUCUAGCCUUUUGUCAGGCCCCCAACCUGCCUUGGAUCAUUUAGACUCAGAGACCUUGCUUCUGCAGAUUGCAAUUAGGGUUCUGAAAUACCCUUCCAGAGACUCUUUCCUCCCCAAGUUGUGUCUCCUGGCACCCUGCCUGGUUGCCUUGGAAACAGGUUCCACUGCGGACAAAGGAGGGAGCUGGGUCCUGCUUCCUCCUGGUCCCGCCAAUGAGGAUUUUUAGACCGUGGAGACUGCGCUGUCCUGCCCUGCACUUGCCCUCACUCCCCACAUUCUCUAUUAAGUGGAGUUUGCCUUCUCUCACCACUGACGAGGACAUGUGUAAGAGUGUGACCACAGGUGAGUGGAAGAAAGUCUUCUACGAGAAGAUAGAGGAAGUGAAGCCAGCUGAUAGCUGGGAUUUCAUCAUAGACCCCAACCUCAAGCACAAUGUGUUGGCCCCUGGCUGGAAGCAGUACCUGGAACUUCACGCCUCAGGCAGGUUCCACUGCUCCUGGUGCUGGCACACCUGGCAGUCGCCCCAUGUAGUCAUCCUCUUCCACAUGUACCUGGACCGUGCCCAGCGCGCUGGUUCGGUGCGCAUGCGCGUGUUCAAGCAGCUGUGCUAUGAGUGCGGCACUGCACGGCUGGAUGAGUCCAGCAUGCUGGAGGAGAACAUCGAAAGCCUGGUGGACAACCUCAUCACCAGUCUGCGCGAGCAGUGCUAUGGAGAGCGUGGUGGUCACUACCGCAUCCGCGUGGCCAGUCAACAGGACAACCGGCGACACCGUGGCGAGUUCUGCGAGGCCUGCCAGGAAGGCAUCGUGCACUGGAAGCCCAGCGAGAAGCUGCUGGAGGAGGAGGCGACCACCUACACUUUCUCCCGUGCUCCCAGCCCCACCAAGCCACAGACCGAAGCCGGCUCAGGCUGCAACUUCUGCUCCAUUCCCUGGUGCUUGUUUUGGGCCACGGUCCUGUUGCUCAUCAUCUAUCUGCAAUUCUCCUUCCGUAGUUCUGUCUAAGAUUCCCACCUGGGUCUGAGGCUUGGGGUGGGGCAGUUGGUGGGAAAGGAUGAGGUGAGACCUGGCUUGGGAAAACCGGGCAUGUUCUAACGCGAUGUGGUCAUUGAUUCAGUGGGAACCCUGGACAAUCUACAUAAUUUUUCCAUCUGUAAAAUUAAGGGUCUGGGCUGGACGGUUGAUUUUUCAAAAGAAACCUAGGGUUCUAAAGUCUUCUAGGUACUCCAGGGAUGUCUGAUUAGGGAGAUAGAUGAGUGAAUGAGCUGCUUUCUCCUCAUCUAAUAGUUCCUUCCAGCCUUCCUUCCUUCCCUCCUUCCUUCCUUCCUUCCUUCCUUCCUUCCCUCCCUCCCU